CCUUCAGGUGUGUGUGUGUGUGUGUUUUAUAGUGAACAUGCUGCUGUAGAUGUUCACCCACGUAUAUGAUGAGUAGAAGAUUAAGUGUCUUUAUCUGCGUGUGUGUGUGCGCCCGUGUGUGUGCGUGCAUGCCCAUGUGGUUCAGAUUGGAGGCUGCUAAGGAUGACUACCGGAUCCACUGUGAGGAGCUAGAGAAGCAGCUGAUCGAGGUGCAGCACUGCAACGACGGGCUCACCGGCCUGGCGGAGGAGUCUCGAGCCCUCAAGGAUGAGCUGGACAUCCUCAGGUCCGUCCCCUCUCUAGCCUCUGUCCACAGUUAUUAUCACAUACUUUAUCAUUUUUGUGCGUGUGCUUUUGAGAACCGUGUUUUAUUUUGGCCCGCCGGCAGAGAGAAGUUCAUCCGCCUACAGCACGAGAACAAGAUGCUGCGGCUGCAGCAGGAGGAGUUUGAGAGGGAGAAGAUCAGCGAUCUGCAGACCCAGCUGGAGGAGUCCCACCGCACACGUAGCGAGCUGGACACCGACAACAGGCUGAGCCGUGAGAGGAUGGCUGAGCUGCAGCAGCAGGGGGAGGACCUCCAGAAGGCUCUGCAGAGCCAGGCGGCCCAGCCCGACGACUCCAACCUGAAGAGGAAACUUGACGCCCACAUGGUGCAGCUGAACGAGGCUCAGGAUGAGAUCAUGAAGAAGGAGCUGUUGGAGGACCUCCAGCCCGACAACACUCAGACCUCGUUGAGGCUGGACGAGCUGAUGGCCGCCCUGAAGAAGAAGGACGAUGACAUGAAGGCCAUGGAAGAACGCUACAAGAUGUACCUGGAGAAGGCACGCAAUGUGAUCCGAGCCCUGGAUCCCAAACUGAACCCGGCCACCGCAGAGAUCCAGGCCCUAAAGAGCCUGGUACUAGACCGGGACAGUCAUACCUCCAGGGUGGAGCGGGAGUGUGAGCAGGCCAAGCUGAGGGAGUACGAGGAGAAGCUCAUUGUCAUGGCCUGGUAUAAUAAGAGUCUGAGCUUCCAUAAGCUGGCCAUGCAGGCUCGCCUGGGGGACCGUUCCGCCUCCUCGCUGCCCCUGGGUCCGUCCUUCCUGUCCCAGCAGCGCCAGGUCACCAACGCCACACGCAGGAUUCUGCCAGUCAACAUGCCCGCCUCCACUACCAAGUAGACCCGAGCCUCCCAACCUGCCACUGUUCGGUCAUCGAUCCACUCCCUUGUAAUCGACAAGCACACAUAGAAGCAAGCAAACACUUAAGUGGCCUUAUACCUUUUUAAGAGCUGCUCAUGUCGGCCAUCCCUCCAAUGGCUGAUGGUCUAUUGCUUGAAUGAAGCUCCGCCUCUGAGGUCGUCGUGUGCGUUUCAAACUGUUCCACUGGACACUGGCUGGGGGGGGGGGGGGGUUGAAUACAUGAAUGGACAUUGCAGAACUCGUGGGGCAUGUGCGUAAGUGCUCACCUUUCCAGAUUGCACUGAUAAACCAAUGCUCACUCCCUCAAUGACUUCUGACAUUUGAAUUGGGGUUAUUUACCAGAAGCUUCGGUAACCUGGGUAGUACUUGGUACUUUGUCAUGUAUAUUAGUAUAUACUUUGCUAUGUAUACUACUAGGUACAUGUAUUUUACUAGGUACUUUGCUAUGUAUACAACUAGGUACUUUAAUGUAUACUACUAGGUGCUUUGCUAUGUAUACUACUAGGCACUUAAUCUGACAAUCCCUUUCUUAGCUGCUUUCGACUUUCAUGGUCUUUAAUUGUUAGAAAGCGCAUGAAUGCAGAACCAUAUUAUAAACAAAUGCCUACUAUAUGAAUGUGAUCACAACUUUAAAAAUGAAGUUCAAUCUAAUGCCAGCUAAAGAUUAUU